UCCCUCUUGUAUCAAUGCGUGAUUGAAGGGAAACUUCUUUUGGGAAGUGCGGGGACUACUUUCGGUCAACUUUGGAGAGAAACACUCCUAAUUUACCGCACACGCCUACACGGGAGCGCAUUUUACCACAAUAUGCGCUACUCUUUAACGAGAUAGAUUAAACUGCGUGCUGGCGGCGCUUAUUUUAUCGCAAGAGUGUUAUGUUUUUACUACGUCGCGGAAGGAUAAAAUUUUCUCUUCUCAAGCGAGGGUCUACACAUCCGCCCAGUUUUCCGAUGUUUCAUUCCCCCCGAGUUGAAAAUGGAGUUCGAUUAAAGCAGAUGUCCACCAACUUCUAGAGGAAAUUUCAAGUGUAGAUGCUUUUACUUUACGCGUCAGUAUUAAUAUUGAAAAACAGUUUAACCCUUUUUUUUCGGCUUUUGGAUGCCUUUACUGCAGAUUACUCGGACACGUUGACGGAGCACCGCUCCACAGCGCUUUUUCAAGUGUUGUCCUGGACCUGAAGUUGGCGAAUGGAUGCUCGACAGCCAGCCAUAAAUAACCUGCCAAACGCUACAGUCUACUACACUUUCUACAUUUUUUGAGGAUCUAUACACAUUCUUGCAAACCGGGGAGCCGUGUGCGUUGAAGAAGAUGAUGCCGAUGGCCCAUUUGUUGUGGUCGGAUUUUACUUCCAGGGAGGAUAAAAUGAAUCAACGGUUGUCAUUCCUCCUCGCGAUUUAACGUUAGUUCCGAGCCAGUAAAGCUAACGUUAAGCUAGCUCCACUUGGUUCUCACAGGGACGCUUAAGUUAGGCAUGCCCCAUUUGAACACCGCUCACUCACUCUCCAAAAUAGGGGUAAUUUCUAUAUGUGAAGGAAAAUGGUGAUAUUUGUGGUAUUUUAUCCCGCCGUCACUGCGUCGUCGAUGCUAUUGCUAGGAUUUGGAUCCCCGUGAGGAAGAAAAUGAGUGAAGAUUCAACAAAUCCAAACAACGAUGACAGUUAUGCGCGUGUGAGAGCAGUGGUCAUGACUCGGGAUGACUCCAGCGGUGGGUGGCUUCCCCUGGGGGGCGGAGGCCUUAGCUGUGUCACCGUCUAUAAGGUCAGCCGGGCGGAGGACAGCAACAGCACCCACAGUGGAGGCAGCGGAGGAAGCAGCAGCAACCUCAGUCCCUGUAGCUCCAGUCCUAGUCCCAGCCCCAGCCCUAGUCCUAGCCCCACUGCUGUGGAGUUCCACAUCAAGGGCGAGAGGCUCAAAGACAAACUGGUGGUCCUGGAGUGUGUCCUGCAGAAAGACGUAGUAUACAACAAGGUCAACCCCAUCUUCCACCACUGGAGGAUCAACGACAAGAAGUUUGGACUUACUUUCCAGAGCCCUGCUGACGCCCGUGCCUUUGACCGGGGCAUACGACGGGCCAUUGAGGACAUCAACCAAGGUUGUCGGCAGUUUGGGGAAGGGGAUAUUCCUGAGGAUGGACUACCGGCAUGCGACGAGCCUCCCUCUAUCUGUACCCCAAUGAAAGAGCCCUUCUCUCCCCUGAACAACGUCGUCUCCACCGAGCCAUUCAGGGGCUGCUACGUCCGCGCCCAGCCCUUCGACGAGUUCCCCUCCAGCAACCGCCGCUACCUGCCUCCACAGGUCUCCUUUAAGUCGACUCGUCAUGUCAGUUUUCACAUGGACGAAGAGGAGAUUGUUCGCAUCAACCCACGCAAAGACGUGCUCAUCCGCGGCUACGAGGACUACCGCCACCCUGUCAUGUGGAAACAGGAUGCCGACCGCGAGGACCUGGACUUCCCCACCGCAUUCCACAAACUGGACAGUAAGAAGUGCGAGUACCUCUUCCCUGAUGGCCCCGGUGGGGACUCCCACUCUGGCCCCGGUAUGGGCAUUGGAACAGGUAUGGGGCUAGGGCUGGGCAAGGACACAGCCAUCAAGACUCAGCCCUCGCCCCUGCUGAAGUCUAAGAAGGGCCGGCGGCGGCGAGAGGACGGCGAGCGUUCGCGCUGCAUCUACUGUCGGGAGAUGUUCAACCACGAAGACAACUGGCGGGGGCAGUGCCAAGACGCCCCCGACCCAAUCAAGCAGUGCAUCUACAAAGUCAGCUGCAUGCUGUGCGCCGAGAGCAUGCUUUACCACUGCAUGUCCGACUCCGAGGGCGACUUCUCAGACCCCUGCUCAUGUGACACAUCUGACGAGCAGUUCUGUCUGCGCUGGCUGGCCCUGGUGGCGCUCUCCUUCAUCGCGCCCUGCAUGUGCUGCUACCUGCCUCUGCGCGCCUGCCACCACUGUGGCGAGGCCUGCCGCUGCUGCGGGGGCAAGCACAAGGCCGCGGGGUGACCUGACGACGGACUCUGGGACACCCUCAAAGCUAGCUAACACAGGAAGUGGAUAAAAGCGGAAAAUUAAAAAGCCGGCAUCCUUUUUUCAUUCCCUCUCAGACGGGGUGAUAUGUUGUUGAUCCCCAGCUCUGAGGGCUUUUGGAGAUUUCAGUUUGUGUUUGUCGCCGACAAGCAGCAGUGGAGGACAAACCAUAUGCUUUGUGGGGGCUCUGAGCAUCAAGCUAAGUUCAGGAGCUUAAUCUGCGGAGAUGAGGAGGAGGCAUCAAGAUUAAUAGACUUGGAGAUGUUACUAAACAUACCUAUACACACAGACACACACACACACCUCUCUCUCACAUUCACACUCAUGCAUUGACAAAGCCAGGCCACAAAUGUCAGAACUCUACUACAAGUGUAACUUUAUGAAGGAAAAUUGUCUUUUGUACAGAGAGCGUCAACUUAAUGACAAAAAAAGAAAACAAAACUAUUCUGCGUUCAGAAAAAAUACUUGCUGUUUGAGUAUGCUAAAAGGGAUAUGUUCUUGCUUUUUUGUGAAUUUGCAGUUGGGUAACAGUGGCCUUUCCUUCAUGGCUUAAGCAUUUGCUGACAAUGUAAUUACUAGACAGAGAAAAGUGCACUAGAAAUGGUAUCCCUCCCCAUUCCACGAGUAAAGGUAACCCUCUCAAAUUCUUGUGGUACAUUAACCACCAUAUUUAGUGUAAUUUUAACAUUUGAGAGAUGUUGCUGUGGUGGAUGUAUGGCCAAUUCCUUGUUUUCCUUUCCAUCGAAUGUUGACAAAAAAAGAAAAAUCUAAAAGUUACAGAUUGCAUUUGAAGGUACAGCUUGGUAUAGCUUUUGACAUUCAGUUAGAAGAUGCUAAAAUGAUUACUUUCCUGAGGUGAUUUAGACCAUUUGAUUGCAUUCCAAAAUAAAGGGAUCGAUUCCAUGAUUAGAAGGGAAAAUGGUAAUGACUUUACCAUGCUGAAUUCCCCAAAAUAGUUUUUCCACAUUAUAAAAAUAGCAUUAGAACCUAUUGAACCAUUUUGAAUUGAAACCAAUACAUGACAAUUUCAUACACUUCAGUGAAUUUCAGUUUUAGUCCAGUUAUUUACUGCUGUAGUGAAAUUGUUUGGUGUUUUUGUUUCUUCAUUGUUAUUUUCCUGCUCAUUUUAUAAUUAUUUUUUCGAAACAAAGGCUGAAAUGUUGCUCAACCAGCAAGUUUUGUUUUGGUGAGUAAAGGGGUUACAGGCACUUAAAUUAGGCUAUUCUUUUAUUGAGAAUCCUUCAGAUUUUAAACUUAAUUUAGACUUAAUUUAGAAUUUAACAUCCAAUUUAGCAUUGGGGGGAAAAACCCCUCCUGAAAGCACUGCUCUCCAAGCUUUGGUUGCAGCACCCUCUCCAAAUUUCCAUGUUUGUCCCAUGAUUUAGUGGUUUUCUUUUGUUCCCCCCCCCAUAUCCUGUGUAAAUGUAGUGCUGCGUUCAUCAAAAGUUAAAGUCCACUCCUGUAUGUCUUCAUUUAACAGGCCCUGAAUGGAUGAAUGCAUUGUUUCAGGAAUGCUGAGUAUCUUAGCUAUUAUAAAAUAUACACACGUUAUGUAUGUGUAUAUAUGUAUGUGUGUGUGUUUGUGUGCGUGUGUGUGCGCGCGUGUGCAUAGGUCUUAACAUGCACUGUUGAUUUGAUGUCAUGUAACGUCACCACUGACUAUGUGAUUAAGGCUUUGACUCGUAACAGUACAAAGCAGCUUCCUGUUUCCCAAAGCAUCUUUGUCUGUUGGCUCAAGAGUGAACAAAGAAAACGAUCAAACUGGAAUAGUUCGACAUUUUGGGAUUUUCACAUAUCUGCUUUCUUUCCUGAAGUUAGAUGAGGAGAUCGCUACCACUGUCAUAUCUUUUUGUUCUUUUGCUCUUUCCAGAUAACUAAAUCUGCCUACCUGCACCUGUAAUGUUCACCUAUUAACAUGUGUUAUGAUUGUUAUGUGUGGGACUAUUUCUUGGGAUGGGCACAGUGACUUUUUGGACUUGGUCACCAUGAGGUUGCCAUGCAAAAACUAUUAAUGUGCAUGGCCAAAAAAAAAUAGUCCCACACAUGAAAAUGCAUUUUUACAUGUUGGUUUCAGUACAGCUAUAACAAAUAAGACAUAUACUGUGUUAAUUAGUGAGCUUUAGCAGUGGUGGUGGUAGGUGGAUUUUGUUACCUUAUGACGGAGCGAGGCUAGUUGUUUCCUUUCCUAAUGCCAAGCUAAGCUAAUCAGCUGCUGGCUCUAGCUUCACAUUUAAAGGAUAGAUAUAAAAGUGGUAUAAAUCUUCUCUACCUCUCAGCAGGAAAGCAAAUAAGUGUAAUUCCUGAAUUGUCAAACAACUCCUUUUUAAGAUCCUUUGGGAAACGGGGACUAGGCAGACGGUACGCCAGAGUCUAGCUGCGUUCGAACCCCAUUUCCCAUUCAAAACAGUAGAAGAUUUUAAAUUGAGCAUGUGUUGCUCAUGGAACCAUUGUAGACUCAAACUCCCAACAGUAAUAACAGUUCAGUUUGAACGUCUGGCUGCAAUAACUGAAAUGACCCUAAUCUAAAAGGCAUCGGCGUGUUGGAAAUUAGUUCUAAUUGUGAUUCACCUCAACAUGUAACGGCAGAUUUGGUACAACAUCCAUGUGCUGUUGCUAACUGAUAUGCAUCUCUUCUCACCUCCAGUCACUCCUGGUUAAAAUCAACGUAGUGACACCUCGGUCUCAUUUAUUUUCCUAAUUCCGCCCCCGACCAAUGCUCCCUUUACUUUCUAUGCAAACUUUCUAACGUGGGAAACACAUUGACCUCUCUGCAGACUGAGUCAGUGACGGGACAGGACACUUUAACGCUAUUAUAGAUAGUAGACCGACCCCUGGUACCAAACUCCAAACACGUGUAAAUAGUUAACACUAUAUUUAAGUUCUGAUAAUAAUCCAAGCUUUCUUUGUCUUUGAAAUUUUAAAGAUAGAGCUGUAUUUAUCGUUGCUGUCAGCAUAUACUGUAGCUUCAAUUGACAGCAUUAUGUACAUAGGUCACCUUUUAGUAUUAUUUCACAUUGAAAAGUAGAGGGCGUUUGUGAUGGAAAUGACUAUUGAGCUUCUAAUAGAGUUUCUCUCUAGUUUUGUACGGUAGAAGGAAGGAUAGUGCUAACACGGUACAGUAGUGGCAGUCCACUUGUUUCAAAAGUUUGAUAUAUAAAUAUAUAUAUACAUACAUACGUAUAAAGCUGCUAGAUACAAUCACUAAUUUUAUUGUGUUGACAGAGAAAAUCAGCUAUGAACGACUGUUAAACCCUAAUUCUCCAACAGCAUAUAACCGUGACGGUGAGUUUUUAAAUGUUUGAUUGCUCUGUGUGAUGAAGUGGACACUUGUGCAUGUGUGUGGGUGCGCGAGUGUUACUAUAUAUGUGCGUUCUUGGGUUGCCCACAAGUGUGUGUGUGUGUGUGUGUGUGUGUGUACUGUAUGUGUGUUAGUUUCCAGCAUGCUGGCGGUGUGUUUGUGUGUGUGUGUGUGUGUGUGUGUGUGUGUGUGUGUGUGUGUGUGUGUGUGUGUGUGUGUGUGAGUGUGUGUGUGCGUGCGGGGUUGGUGUGUAACCAAAUGUUUGGUUGGUUGUCAUAUUCUCCCAUUGUAAUUGGAUUGCCCUGCAUUAUUGCAAGCUGAACCAAGGUUUGAUGAACCUGAUUAAAACUUGCUGGCUGAGAAGCAAAAUGUAGGAUGUGCAUUUAUACAAAGUGUAGAGAAUGCUGAAAUAACACUUCUCAUUCUGCAUUAACCAGCACAGUGCAACUUCCUGUCAUGUACUGUAUUAUAUAUGCAACAUGUGUCUGUCUGCUUUAAUAUAUAUAUUUUUUUGACCUGCAUUAUAUAAGACUUCAGUUUUAACCACUUUGCUGCUAGUCUUUUAUCCUCUUUCAAUCUUGGAAAUUGUGCAUAUCUUUGGGAAUGCAUACAAGUGUACAUUCUUGACAUUGUGUAGAUUAAAAAAGAAAAAAGCUAUAUAAACCUGUUUCUCUUCAGUGUAUUGUUUUAAAAAGGUUACUUUUCACAGCAGUUGAGUGGUUAUGUUUCAAUUCUCCGAUGCUUUGGUGCACUGAUGAUACUAUAUGUAAGCUUUUUUUCAUCUUACAGCGCUUGAUGUAACAUUUAUGUGAUUAGUUCUAAAUAGUGGAAGACAUUUGUGUUUUGAAACUUGCAGUAUAAAUGGUACUACUCUUAACUAUUCUGUAAACACUGCCUGUUUUCUUUCCUUUUUCUUUCUUUCACUCUCUCUUUGUGCAUAUUUCUUUCCUCUGCAUCUUCUUUUCUCGACGUUUCUUAGUGCCAUCGGCUUUCACAUCCUGACAACCUCAAAAAAGUGCCUCACGUCCAUCCUAGUUUCUCAUUUUAUAAUUUAACAUCUCUCGUUCUGGUUCUAUUGGUUUCUACACGUCUAGGUAUUUCUUAUCAUGGUUCGAGAAUACCAAGUAUAUGAUGUAAAAUUUAUAGUCCCAAUAACUCAUGUCAUAGUUGUAUUUUCUUUAUACAGAUGUAGCUCGUUACUUUUCAUAAAUAUAUAAUGUAAAUAUGCAUACAUAUGUUUGUAACUGUUUUUAUGUUACAUCAUACACUUGUAAUUUGACAUAUCAAAUAACAUUAUCAUAAUAAAAUGGUGAGUUUUAA